AUGACCUACUUAUAUCCUUCGCAUGGAUAUCUUGCCGGUGGGCAGAGACAGCGACAUUUCUUACGACUCGGCGUUCUGGCGUGUAUUGUGACGGGGCUAUUCUUCAUUGUCUACAGAUCCCACGCGAAUGGCGGGAGAUUUGAAUUCGACAUUGAUCGUUGGUCACCACGGACAGGGCCGUCUGUUCAGAUUGAGGCUCGCAGACCAUCCAUCGCAAAGGCGACCAUCGUGUAUGGAGACAGCCCGGUCUAUGAAGAGGCCUUGCGAACCCACCGUGAGCAUAGUCGCAGGUUCCAGUAUCCCAUGCAUGUUUUGCGUCAGGGGAUCCUCAGCGAUGUCUGGACCAAGCCGGCUUUCCUCCUGUCUCUCGUACUUCAAGAACUGAUGAAGCCUGAAGGGGAGCGAUUAGAGUGGAUUCUAUGGUUUGAUGCAGACACGAUAGUGAUGAACCCAAACAUCCCGAUUGAGCUGUUCCUGCCACCCACGGAGGAUUUCGAGCAUAUCCACCUGGUACUGAGCAAGGACUGGAACGGUGUCAAUAAUGGAGUCUUCCCUAUCAAGGUCCACCCGUGGUCGGUUGAGCUGCUCUCCUCAAUCAUAGCCUAUCCAUACGACAACCCAGACACUCUGCUGGUCUUUCGUGACCAGUCUGCCCUCGGCUUCUUGUUGGACAAUGAAUACUUUGCGAAUUCAACCGCGUACGUGCCCCUGCGCUGGUUCAACGCCUACCGCGGCAAACCCGACGGAGGCAUGAGCGAGAUUCACCCCGAAGAGCUUCAGAUCCACCGGGGCGAUUUCCUAGUGCACUUCGCCGGCACGAUGGGCGCGGAGCGGAACGACACCAUGACCGAGUUUACAAACGUGGCGCGGCACCAUCUUCCCUCAUGGGAAGUGGCUUUGGAGGAAACAAAUUAUCCGGCUGAAGUGAGAGAAUAUUGGGCUCGAAUGCGACAGCAUUUACAUAGCCAAUCCUCAGAGUUUGAAUGA